AUGAACGUAGCAUACAUAUUUGGAGAAUGGAUUGGCACUAUGUGCUUGGAAAAAUACUUAUUUUCAGGGAUCAUGUGGUUGCUUUUGGCAUUACUAGCAGUUCCUGUCUGGAUUGGCUGCUGUUGUGUACUAUCUGUUUUAAUGGUCCAGAUACUUGGUAAUAUUAUUCAGUCCAAGGAAACUUACCAGCUCCCAUUCACUUUAAUAGCGAUACGUCUCUGGGACAUCUUUGGAAGAAUAUGGCACGGUUAUGAAGUACAUGGCAUUGAAAACCUACCAGAAGGACCCGCUCUUAUUAUUUAUUACCAUGGAGUACUUUCUCUAGAUUAUAUAUUUUUUGCACUGAGGCUGUAUCUUCUGAAGAAGAGGUUUUGUCACUCUGUGGUUCACAAAAUUAUCAUGAAAAUUCCAGGCCUUCGAAAAGGUUUUGAGAGACUUCAUUUGAUUACCACGAAAGAAGCUUGCCUUUCUGCUCUCCAAUGUGAUUUGUUGGGUAUUGCACCAGGAGGAGCACAAGAAGGCCUGUUAAGCGAUGAAAACUAUUCAGUUAUAUGGGGUAAACAUACAGGUUUUGCUCAGGUUGCCAUAGAGGCAAAAGUGCCCAUAAUUCCUCUGUUUACAAAGAAUACUCGUGAGGCAUACAAGUGGCUUGGGAGUGCACGAGCAUUGCGAUACCUGUAUGAAAAUUUCCGACUUAUAUUAUUUCCUGUAUGUGGUGGUUUUCCAGUCAAAUGGGAUACUUACAUUGGAGAGCCCAUUCCAUAUGAUCCAAAUACAACUGCUGAAGAGCUGGCCAAAAAGACAAAGAUUGCUUUAGAGACUUUAAUAGACAAACACCAAAAGCGACCAGGAAGCGUAGGAAGAGCUCUGCUGGAACGAUUUAGUAACCACAGAAAGAAUGACUGAUUACAUUGAAUGUACUAUAUGCCAUAUUCUGCUGCCUCAUUGUAAUACUUAUUCUGAUUUCUGCUGUCAUGUUGUAACACGGUGGCUUUGGAUAAUGGUUCAUAUUGUAAAAUUUCAUUACUUGUGUAUCUUUUACCACUAAUAUCUUAGUUGAUUUGGAUUAGUUAUUGUUA